AUGCGUCUCCUCACCCUCGCCACCCUCACAGCCCCCGCCCUCGGAGGCAACAUCCUCUGGGACGGGCGGUUCAACGACCUGUCCUCCUCACUUGAUCUCAACCGCUGGUCGUGGUCUAACCAAGUCGGCCCCUACCAAUACUACAUCCACGGCUCGUCCCCCGUCACCGCCUACGUUAAUCUCUCACCAUCCUACAAAAACCCUUUCGACGCCGGCUCCAAGCAGGGCGCCAAGAUCACACUCGACCGCACAGCUUACUGGAACGGCCAGAACAUGCGUCGCACGGAGUUGAUCCCUCAGACGACGGCGCCGAUUAAUAGGGGGAAGGUCUAUUAUCACUUUUCAUUGAUGCGGAAAGAUGUGAAUGCGCCGGCUACCACGCGGGAGCAUCAGAUUGCCUUUUUUGAGAGUCAUUUUACGGAGCUUAAGUCAGGCUGGUUGUCUGGAUCACCUGGGACGGAGGAUACCAAGCUGCGGUGGUGUGUGUCGGGGCAGACUCACUGGAGUGUGGAGUGGGAAGCAGAUGUGUGGCAUAAUUUUGCGUAUGAGAUUGAUUUUUCGGCUGGGACGGUCGGGCUCUGGCAUAGUGAGAAUGGCGAACCGCUGAAGAGGGUUGUUGAUCCCGUCCGCACUAGUGCCAGCUCGGAUGGGAAGGAUUGGCAUGUGGGCGUGCUGGAGUUGCCGCGGUCGGGGUAUAAUGAUUUUGAUGAGGAUUUUUACUUUAGUGGUGUGUAUAUUGAGAAUGGGGAGAUUACGACGAGUGUGUCUGGGCCAGGUGAGUCUCCUUAUUGA